CUUUGUUGUUGUUCUGUUGUGUGUUGAUCAGUUGAAAAAAGUUUAAAGUAAAAAAAUAAAUAAAAAAGGUGUCAUUUUUACAAAAGCUGCAAUUGUAUUCCAAUCCAGCAGUGGUGCUAAUACACGACAAGGUGCUCAAGCGCCAUGUCAAUAGUAGAAGAAGACUGAGAAGGGACACAAUUAUAAUAAUGGCGCGAAUCAUUGACAUCUUCUAAAGUUUAGGCUGCUCGCCGGCUCCUCGUCACCACUUCAAGAUGGUGGCCCAAUUUCUCGCAUCACAGCAGCCAAUGCUGCGUCUACUUAGAACAUGUCUGUGGCGUGAAUGCUACAACUUCCUGGAAGAGCCCGCAGCACUUUGACAAGGUUAGACUCCAUUUGAUCCACUUUGACAAGGUUAGACUCCAUUGGAUCCACUUUGACAAGGUUAGACUGCAUUUGAUCCACUUUGACAAGGUUAGACUGAUAUUUACAAUACAUUCUUAAAGUUUUGUUGGUUGGAAAUACUGGUUUGUUCUGCUACUUGCUGAAAGAACAUUUCUAUCUUUACAUAGAUUGGUACACCAAAGCAUCUGAUGGAGUCCUCAUGCAUUAAGACAAAGGAUGACGCGACCAACCUUAAAUCGAGGCAAUGUAAACGCCCAAGGAGGUUGGAUUCGGGCUCUUCCAGUGACGGUCAGGAAAUGUAUCUGCCUCCACCACCUUAAUACAAAUCAAUACCACUCAAACCCACAGCAGGACUUUCUCAAAUCCUUGUUCCAUCAGCCAGAUAACUGGGAUCCCAAAAGUCACAUCUGUAUAGAUCCUUGCACCGCAUUGAAGGCACACGACUUGACAGGUUUGAGAGACAUUAGACAUGUGUCCCUAUGUUUACAUCAUCGAGUGGUCUGCUGCUUCCUUGCUUCCUUGCUCCCUCCAUUUAGGUCCCGGAACUGGCGAGGACGACACGAAAACACGCUUGGUCCCCUGCCCCCCCAUCCCUUUUCUUCGUGAGGAUUAUGAGCCUUUUUUCCCAGCAGUCGGCAUCCUAAUGACAGCAAACGUUGCACAUCUCCAGUAAAAUAGACUGUGUUCGAGCCGGAGACGUCCUGACAGUGCUCAGAGAGAAAGUGGCCUUUGUGUCAGGCGGACGGGACAAACGAGGAGGGCCAAUCCUGACCUUCCCAGCGAGGACUAACCAUGAGCGAAUAAGACAGGAAGAUCUUAGCCGGCUGGUUACAUACCUGUCAACCAUACCCUGUGAGGAUGUUCGUGCACGAGGGUUUACAGUGGUGGUGGACAUGCGUGGCAGUAAGUGGGACAGUGUGAAGCCGGUGUUACGGACUUUGCAGGAGUCCUUUUCCUCCAACAUCCACACAGCACUGCUCAUCAAACCUGACACAUUCUGGCAAAAACACAAGACCAACCUGGGCAGUGCCAAGCUCAGCUUUGAGACCAGCCUUGUGUCUGUAGAAGGUCUGUCCCGGUUGGUGGACCCCUCUCAGUUGACGUCUGAUUUGGGGGGUUCAUUGGAGUAUGAUCAUGUGGAGUGGACCGAGUUGCGCCUAGGUCUGGAGGAGUUCUCUGGGGCUGCCAUACAGCUGCUGGCCCAGUUGGACCAGCUGGAGGAUGGGCUGACUAACACACCGGAACCGCAGGAUGUUGACGAGGCCCGCAAAAUCCUUGACGAACACAAUCGUCUCCGGAACACUAUUACUAAAGCGCCAGUUGAUGCCCAUGACCGAGAAGGAAAGAGCUUGCUUCAGCGCAUGCAUCUAGGCCUCUCCCAAGGAGAUGCCUCGAGUGAAAGCGGGUUCGGGAGCACUGGCAGCUGGUUGUCAGGUGGGGCUGAUUUCCAAAAUGUGGCGCCAAAGGUUUUGUCUCUACUCGACCGGCUGCAGGCGGCGCGUAGUCAUUUGUUGCAGAGCUGGAGUGACAGAAAGCUUCACCUUGACCAAGCACUGCAGUUACAUCUGUUUGAGCAGGACGCCACAAAGAUGUCCGAGUGGAUCGCCCACAGUAAGGAGUUGUUCUUGCAGACUCUAGUGGAAGUAGGUCAAAACCACCAGCAUGCUGUCAACUUGCAAACCCAACACCAGCACUUCACCUCCAACGUGAUGAAUGGCAGUGUGAAUGUGGACAGUGUUGUUACUGUGGCAGCCAGACUUGCUGAGGCUCAUCACUACGGGGCAGACAGGAUUUCCAUGGUGUCUUCGCGGCUACAGGAAGACUGGAGGUCACUGACAACAGCAUUGGAGGAGCGUAGUAACACAUUAUCCAUGGCAACUGGCUUCCACCAAGGAGCUGAACAGUUCCUUGUAAAAGUGGACGCAUGGCUUCAGAUCUGUGCUGAGGCAUCGCUGCCCACAGCAACAGCUGAACUGGAUGAAGCUGUGAAAAAACACCAGGAGCUGAAUGAGGAGAUUUCUGCCAACUACACCCAAGUCAGCGAGAGUGGGAAAGCCUUGCUGGAUGUCCUUAAUCGCUGCACGCUGACCGACACCAAUGACAAGUCACCUCAACUCAACUUUGCUGCUACAACACAUGGCAUCAUGGGAGUUUUGCACCAGGUGAUGCAGGGCCAACAUGACGUGGAGAGUGCAUGGCAACACCGCAAGCUCCGCCUGCACCAACACCUUCAGCUGUGUGUGUUCCAACAGGACGUCCGACAGGUGUUGGACUGGGUGGAGCAGCAUGGUGAAGUUUUCCUCAACAAGCACAGUGGUGUUGGGAAAUCGCUGCAUCGAGCACGGGCACUUCAGAAACGACAUGACGACUUUCAGCAAGUUGCCCAGAACACGUAUACUAAUGCAGAGAAGCUUCUUGAAGCAGCCGACCAGCUGGCUCAGUCUGGGGAGUGCGAGGAGGAAGAAAUCUAUCAGGCGGCGCGAGACCUGGAGCUUCGCAUGCAGGCCUUCAUUCAGAAGGUGGAACAAAGAAAGACGCUGCUGGACUUGGCCGUGUCUUUCUACACACACACCAAAGAGCUGUCAUCUUGGAUGGAGGGGCUCCAAAAGCAGCUCUCAGCUGACCUCUGCCUUGGUUCUGAAUCAGUGGAGGCCCUGCAGACACUCAUGAACCAGCAACAGCAGCAGCAGGCCAACACACAAGAAGCUGCGAUGAGUGUUAUUCGCGAAGGGGAAGACCUCAUCCUGCAAUUAAGGCCUCAUGGUAGCUCAGUGGCCCACGUGGAGUCAGUGCUGCAGCAGCUGGAAGAGUUCCACGUGCAGCUGGAGGAACUCUUCCAUCAACGGAAGAUUCGAUUAGAUGUUUACCUGCAGCUGCGCAUCCUGCAACAGUGCAUUCUAGAGGUUAACGGGGAGAUGGAUGCCUGGAAGCAGGAGCUCCAGAAACAAUCCCAGGACUUCACUGCUGAGAAACGUCUUUCUGAAACAAACCAGGACAAGCAAGCAUCGGUGGCAUCACGGCUAGCUGAAGCUAGCCCAGACGCGCUUACGUUAGCACAGCAGCGCAUUCACAGGCACAUGGAACGGAGGCUGGCUAUGAAUACCAUGACCUAUGAGGUCGUCCAGCAAGGUCACGACCUUCAGCAGUACAUUACUGAGGUCCAGGCAACAGGAAUUGAGGUGGAGGGUGGUCUUUCCUCUCAGGUGGAGGAGCUGCAGCACCUCAUGCAGGACAAACAGAAGGAACUGCAGCAAAUUGCAGAUCACACACACACACAUCUAGAACAAAACCUGCAGCUCAAACACCUGCAGAACCAGGUCAAACAGGUUCUGGGGUGGAUCUCCGAGGGUGAGGUCAUGUUGUCAUCCUGCAUGUUGAACUCCAGCUGUUUGUCUGAAGCUGAACAGUUACAGAGGGAACAUGAACGUCUCCAACAGGCCAUAGAGGCUCUCCUCCACGCUGACUCCUUGCAGCGGACCCACCAGGUGGCGCUUGCGCUACAGCAGAGAGCAGAGUUGCUUGUCAGAUCAGGCCACAAUGAUUCAGAUGCAGUUAGGUCAUGUGCACAGACAGUGGCGCUACACUGGCAGAGACUGAUGCUACGGAUCGAAGACCGACUCAAACUUGUCAACGCUUCCGCCGCCUUCUACAGGACAUCGCAACAGGUGUGUGGCGUGCUGGAGAGUCUGGAACAGGAGUACCGCAGGGAGGACGACUGGUGUGGGGGCGGUGAUAGACAGCCUGAGCAUCUCCUGCCACUGGUCAACAAACACAUGGAGCAGAAAGAGGCUUUUCUCAAGGCCUGCACGCUUGCAAGAAGGAAUGCAGAAGUUUUCCUUAAGUACAUCCACCGCAACAGUGUCACCAUGGCAAACAUCUCGGGUCAUAGUCUUACUGUGCCUGGGGUGACGGAGGCGACUGGCCACUCCCGGGUACCAGAGCAACAGGUCAAAGGGAUUCUCAGUGAGCUACUUCAGAGGGAAAAUAGAGUUCUUCAUUUUUGGACAUUAAAGAAGCGAAGACUUGACCAAUGCCAGCAGUAUGUCAUGUUUCAGAUCCAUGCACAGCAGGCUUUGGAUUGGCUGCAGCAGUCAGGGGACCACUAUCUGGCAACACACACAUCGGCGGGGGCCACAGUGGCAGAGACGCAGGAGCUGUUGAACCAGCACAGAGAGUUUUGUAUUUCAGCCAAGCACACCCAAGAAAAAGUCCAUCUGCUGAUUCAACUGGCUGAGAGCAUGCUGGCUAAAGGCCACGCUCACCGCCUGGAGCUUCGCCGCUGUGUUUCCACUGUAGAUAAACGAUACCGGGACUUCACCGUUCGGAUGGGCCAGUAUCGCCAUGUGCUGGAGACGGCAUUAGGAGGUUGCUCACAGGAAAAUAAAGACUUGGAGCUUGAGUUGAUUCCCAAUAGUUUGUCUGACUCUGACCCUGAGGUCAAUCUGUCAGACCCAAACCACCAGAUCAGUGAUGAGAAGAGACGCUCAGCCCGCAAGAAAGAGUACAUCAUGGCGGAGCUGUUACAGACAGAGAGAGUCUAUGUCAGAGACCUGCACGAAUGCAUUGAGACAUACCAUUGGGAGAUGACGAGUGGCUCAGAGGACGUCCCAUCUGGUCUUAGCAACAAAGAUGAUGUGGUGUUCGGGAACAUUCAGGAUAUCUACGAGUUCCAUAACAGUAUUUUCCUGAAGGAACUGGAGAACUACGAGCAGCUUCCUGAAGAUGUGGGACAUUGUUUCGUCACAUGGGCUGACAAGUUUCACAUGUACGUGACCUACUGCAGGAACAAGCCAGACUCCAGCUUACUGAUCCAGCUGCACGGCACUGGCUUCUUUGAGGAGGUCCAAAGGAGACAUGGGCUGGCAAACUCCAUCUCGUCAGCGCUCAUCAAACCAGUUCAGAGAAUCACAAAGUACCAACUGCUGCUUAAGGAGUUGCUGGCUUGCUGCGAAGAAGGAAAAGGAGAGAUCAAGGAAGGCUUGGACGUGAUGCUCAGUGUUCCCAAAAGAGCCAACGAUGCUAUGCACGUUAGCAUGCUCGAAGGUCUGGAAGAAGGUCUGGAGGUGCAAGGUGAGCUUCUCUUGCAAGACUCCUUUCUUGUUUGGGAACCAAAGUCUCUAAUCAGGAAGGGGCGUGACCGACACCUCUUCUUGUUUGAGCUGUCACUCAUCUUCAGUAAGGAGAUGAAAGACUCAUCAGGACGAGCCAAGUACCUUUACAAGAGCCGCCUGAGGACAUCAGAACUUGGUGUAACAGAACACAUUGAAGGGGAUCCUUGUAAAUUUGCUCUUUGGGUUGGAAGGACGCCGACCUCCGAUAACAGGACGGUUCUGAAGGCCCUGUCCUUGGAGCUAAAGCAAGAGUGGGUCCGCAGCAUUCGACAGGUCAUUCAGGAGAGGCGAGGUCACCUGCGGGGUGCACUGAGGGAGCCCAUUCCACUUCCAAAGACUCCCAACCUGACUCUCGGGCGACAACGCAGCAUCUCACGCAGAGAAACCAGCGAGGACGCUGACAGUCUGGGUGAUGCCAGCAGUCAGCCUGACACCGUCUCUAUCGCCUCCAGAACAUCACAAAAUACUGCAGACAGUGACAAGCUAUCGGGAGGUUGCGAGUUAGUGGUGGUGUUGUUGGAUUUCUCCUCCGCCUUGCCUGGAGAGAUCAGCGUCCGCUGUGGUCAGACAGUGGAGCUGGUAGAGCGCUCGGCUGAGAGACAGGGUUGGUGUCUUGUCAGAACCACGGAUCAAACGCCACAACAGGAGGGUUUGCUACCGAUGAGUGCCCUCUGCCUCUCCCACUCCCACAGUGCUGCCGACAUGGACACUCUAGUCCCAGCUUCCCCCGCCUCCUCGGGAGGAACCCCCUCCUGCACCACCACCUCCUCCUUCAAUGCUUCCAAUUCAUCUCUGAUGGCAAUUGCUGCAGACUCUGGCCAAUUGACCCCAGAGACAUCCGGGCCGCAUGGUCACCCGACUCAAAGUGGGACGUCUCCCGUAGUCUACAAUUUGGGCGGAGCACCGGGAGGUGUUGCCAGUUCACCAGGGCCAAAACGUAGUGGUUCAGGAACUGGAAACACACUGAAGCGCUGGUUAACUAGUCCCGUUAGGAGGCUGAGUCAAGGAAAAGUCGAUGGACAGAAAAAAGCUCCAAUCAGAAACAGAAGGCGGGACAACAGGCCAGAAGUGACCACACCCCUUCUAGGCAACUCAACAAUGAAGGUGAAAAAAGAAGAUGAAGGGCAAAGUGGCGGAGAGGAGGAGCCAGAGGAAGAAGGACACACCCCCUUACCCCCUCCCAUGCAGAUUAUCAAGGAUCCCAACAACCCAGAGGCGCUGGAUUCAGACCAAAGCUCUAAUGAGUCGGACAGCGAGCAGCGGAACAAAGCUCUGAGAGGACGCAUGUUUGUGGUGAAUGAAAUGGUCCAAUCUGAGAAGGACUACGUGAAGGACUUGGGCAUCAUUGUUGAGGGCUUUAUGUCCCGGCUGGAUGUCAGAGGGAUUCCAGAGGACAUGAGAGGAAAAGACAAGGUUGUUUUUGGCAACAUCCAACAGAUCUACGACUGGCACCGCGAUUUCUUUCUGCUGGAGUUGGAGCAUUGCAUCCAGAACCACGACCUUCUGGCAGACCUCUUCAUUAAACAUGAGCGUCGCCUGCACAUGUAUGUGGUUUACUGUCAGAACAAGCCCAGCUCAGAGUACAUUGUCAUGGAGUACGAGACCUUCUUUGAGGAGAUCCAGCAUGAGAUCAGCUGCAGGAUGUCCAUCAGUGAUUACCUGAUCAAACCCAUCCAGAGGAUAACCAAGUAUCAGCUGCUACUGAAGGAUUUCCUCAAGUACACGACCAAAGCCGGGCUAGACUCUGAAGAGAUUGAGAAAGCAGUAGAGCUGAUGUCACUGGUGCCAAAGCGCUGCAAUGACAUGAUGAAUCUGGGUCGCUUGCAGGGAUACGAGGGGAAGUUGACCUCUCAGGGUAAGCUGCUGCAACAGGAGACUUUCUGCGUUUGGGAGCAGGACGGAGGAGUUUUGUCUCGGAGCAAAGAGCGCCAUGUUUUCCUCUUUGAGCAGAUUGUCAUUUUCAGCGAGCUCCUCCGUAAAGGAUCCAACAAUCCUGAAUACCAGUUUAAAAACAGCAUCAAGGUGAGUUACCUGGCCAUGCAGGAGAGUGCAGAGGGAGACCUAUGCAAGUUUGUGUUGUGGUCUCGGGACUCAGCAGCACGCUUCACGCUGCAGGCCUCGUCCACAAGCAUCAAAAACACCUGGGUGGACAACAUCAGCGCCCUGCUGGAGGUGCAGAACAACUUUCUGUCUGCUCUCCAAUCUCCAAUCGAGUACCAAAAGAAGGAAGGCGGGAUAUCAGUGAUCCGCCCACUGUCAUCGGUACGAUCACCUUUAGCCCCGCCCACACCAAAUGGACACGCCUCUCAGCCUCCGCCAGAAAGCGAUCACGACAACCAGGAGCUGGUGCUGGUGCUUGAGGACUUUGUGGCCGUGCAUGAAGACGAGAUCUCCGUGUUCCAAGGCGAGAAGGUUCAGAUUCUGGCCUCCAACCAGCAGGGUCAGAGUCUUGUGUACCGCCCGGCCAACAGCGACUCACCGGCCGCUGAAGGCUGGGUGGCACGAAGCGCACUCAACACACACUGACACAUAUACACACACACACACGCACACACACACACACACACACACUGUAGCACAGCUCAUGUAGACCGGCCCUCUCGUUAGUGUCCAACUCCAAUCAGGACGUGGUCUUUCAGCCGCCAACACCAGGCUGAGAUCCCAGGAAGUCAACUUUUCUUUUCUGUGGAUGAGUGGCAGUGAGCGAGUCUCCAUGCUGUCAUGUGAAUAGUAUGUAAAACAAAGACUGGAAUACUAGAAAAUACUGAAGACUGAUAGAAUAGUUUUUUCAGCACAAAAGAGAACUCCUAGUGUGGGUGUGUCAGAGUGUGUCUUAGUGGCGCCACCUUGUGUUCUUUCACUAGCAGUUAGGUGAUGUAGCAUUGCUUGACCACCACAUUGUUUUUCUUCUUUCCACCUGCUAGUCAGUGAUGGCGCCACCUUGGUGUGUGCAGCUCUGCUCACUUUGGACAUUCUGAGGAUGCAUUUCUUGUUUCUGUCCACCAAUGAGACGGCUGAACACUUCUGAUUGAUUUGUCUUUCUUCAAUCUCUUGUCUUAAUUGUUGCCCGUUCAGCCUCACUAUUCCCCGUCUCGAAAACCUUUUCUGUCCCUCCUUGUCCAACUUUGUUUCCUGUCAACCUCUCUACCUGUCUGCCUGCGAUUCUCCUGGUGCCAUUCUCAGACAACACCCUGGUCCUUAAGGAACUAUGCAGCCUGGCUUUGAGGGCCAUUGCAGCGCUCCACUUUUGACCAGUUUACAUUGAAGAGGAGUCGCCAUGUUGGCUUUGGGCUCAAAGGCAGAGGACUGGUAUGGGCGAGGGCAGAGUAUAGCGCACUACAAAGAGUUUGAGGUGGAAUGUAACGCACUGUAUUGAAAAUGUUUGUGACAUGCUACAUUUGGGAGGUUUAUGUAGUGCAAUUGAAAGGGUGAAACUAGAGAGCACUAUAAGGUGAUGAAAAGCACACGAGCAAGAUGAGAUGUGACUCAAGCAAGCAAGCAAGCAACCAGUGUUAUUUCUAUAAGCUGCUAAAAUGACUUAACAGCUCUGUGUCAAAUGUUUGUAAUAAAGUUCAUUUUUCAUCCGA